ACAAAGGAGUUGAAUAGGCCCCCGCUGAAGAUUGAAGUGUUUGACAAAGUGUACGUCCCGAAAUCUGGUGACCCCCCGGCACGUGUAGUUGAAACGAAGCAAAAAUACAAUGAAAUGAAAGCCCAGGCUGAGUCUCAAGGGAAAUCGUACGAGCAGGAUGAUUCUGAGCUGUUUUGUGCGGUGGUGCCGCUGUACAAAGGCAGGCGGUUUGGGACAGGAUCUGAAGCCGAGGCGAUGUCGGACGUUGAAUGUUCUAGCAGGAUAUCGGGGCCGACUCAGCAGGAAAUUGAUUCCCGCAUCAAGGAACAGCUGGAAGCCCGAUUUGCGGAGCAGGAGAAGCAGUGGCAAACCCAGAUGGCGAACAUGACUUCUGUGUUUACGGCGUACAUGCAACAAGUGCGAAGUGUGAACCCUUCUGUCCCGCUGCCUGAUUUCUCGGACUUUCGUACCCCGACCUCUGCCCAAAUGAACGGGCUGGAAGAUAUGUUUG